GUCUGUGUGCGAGAGGGCGAUGGGAUGGACUACCCGAUGUGCUCAUCUGUGUGCGAGAGGGCGAUGGGAUGGACUACCCAAUGUGCUCGUGGUGGGAGGGUGUGAAGCCAGGGGACACAUGUGCUGCUCUCAUGCAGCGCUACAACCUUCCGGCACUCUCCUUCUUCUGGAUGAACCCGGGCCUCGCGUGUGACAACCUCUUUCCCAACGGCAUGGACAUCACAGGCGUGCAGGUGUGCCUCUUCGCGUACAUCUACAACAGCACCACCAGCGCCAGCUACCGAUCCUACUCGCUCACCCAGCCACUCCACACCCAGCAGCACCGCACCCAGCCGCAGCCCACCGCUCUUCCCCUCCCAUCAACACCCCACUCACUGGGAAAGCUCACUCCACAGCAGAGCUCCUCCAUACAACAUCCCUCACCCCAACAAGGCCUCCUCCAUCAAUCCCCUUGGAAACGCGUCUGGACUGCAAACCACCUCACAGGCAAGCCGCCCUUCCAGCUUCCCCCGUGGCAGCAGCCCGCGUGGCAGCAGCGGCGGGCGAGGCUACUUAAAGCCGGAGUGCUAAGGGUGGGCCGGGCGCCUGUGAAGAAGCGGCGGUGCCUGGCGUUCUACUCGGUGACGAGGGGGGACUUCUGUGCGCGCAUCAUAUCACUCAAGUUCCAGAACAGUGCAAGGAAGAUGGCGGAGCUGAAUAAUGGAUAUGUGUGCAACAACGACCGGCUGUAUGUGGGGUUGAGCCUGUGCACGCGGAGGUAG